AUGGGAACUCCCAUACACCCUAAUUCAAAAUUAAAAAAGGGUGAAACUAAGAAAGAUGUAGAUGAGACUAGGUAUAAAGGAAUGAUUGGCUCUCUUAUGUACUUAACUUCCUUUAGACCUGAUAUUGUGCAAAGUGUUGGAAUGCGUUCAAGAUUCCAAUCAAAAUCAAAAGAGUCACAUCUUUCAGCAGUUAAGAGGAUCAUUAGAUAUGUUCAUGGAACAUCUAAUUUUGCCUUAUGGUACCCUAAGAUUGAUGAUUUUUCUGCAGUUGGUUACUGUAAUGCAGAUUUUGCGAGAGAUAGAGUAGAUAGAAGGAGCACAUCAGGCAUACGUUGCUUUCUUGGAAAGUCUCUAAACGUUUGGUCAAGUAAGAAGCAGUCCACAGUAGCCUUAUCCACUCCAAAGGCUGAGUAUAUUGCCGCUUCUUCUUGUUGUUCUCAGCUUAUUUGGUUAAAAAUACAACUUGCUGAUUAUAAAUUAAAUGUUGAAAAUAUUCCUUUGUCAUGUGACAAUAUGAGUGCCAUUAAUAUUUCUAAAAAUGCAGUCUUGCACUCUAGAACUAAAUAUAUUGAAGUGAGAUUUCACUCAAUAAGGGAACAUGUUCAAAAAGGGAAUAUUAGCAUUCAGUUUGUUAAAUCAGAGGACCAAUUAGCAGAUAUAUUCAUCAAACCUCUAGCUGAAGACAGAUUUUGCAUGCUUAGAACUAAUCUAGGGAUUAUAAGUCAUGAUUCAUUGUUUGUGCAUUGCUGA